AUGAUGAACUUUUUCUCUACUCGCCGACACGCAAAGCAACUGGCAUUGUCUGCUGCAAGAGCUAAACGGUUUGUGGGCGCCACCAAAUCCCGGAAGGCAACUUUGUUUUCUGGUCAAACCUACGAUAAAAGCGCUCAUCAGACUGCCGCUAUUCUAGGUUCAAACAAAUUCAAUCAUAUUAAGUACUCCGAUUUAGAAGAGAUCCUUCUUUCAUCCUCGGUUGACAACAUUCUUACUCCUAGCUCGAGUAACAUUAUCAGAUCAUGGAGUCUUUUUGAAGCUUGUCUUUUCUCCAAAGAUUUUGAAAGGGCAGAUAUGAUUUUGCAAAGUAUCGCCUCUGUGAAGUCUGCUCAAGACAAGUCAAAGCCUACCAAAUACUUUUAUGAUGGAGUCUGCGAGUUUUUAUCUACAUGGGGGCGCAAAGAUGGAGUGUCGAUCACCGAGAUCAAAGAUUGGCUGAAGACGUUUUCAGCUGUUAACCCUUCAUUUAGGAGCCAACCGAGAAUUGUCGCUUGGAUUAUCCGGCUCAAAUUGGAGAAAAACUCUCCUAUUACCGAUAUACUCUCCGAUAUUGAUACUUACAGCGUUGCACGCCCUCAGCAGAAGAAAGCAGAUAUUUUUCGGUACGUUGAUAUAAUCGGUGCUGACAAUAUACGUACACUGGUUAACGCUGAUCCAUCGCUUGUGAACGAACUACCAAAGGAAUACAAGGAGUUCUUCAAGCUGUUUGUUGGACAAAAUGAUCAGCAAACAUCGCUUGAAGGUAUGGAGGUCCCGGAAUCUUUGGACGGUGUUCGCGAAAAACCGUUGGAAGUCUCUCAAGUACCAGACUCAACUAUUGAAAAAUCUGCCUCUGGGCAGUCCGAAUCUGUGGUCAACGAGAUGGACGAACUGAUGCCCGUCUCAUCGUUCAAUUUGAAGGCAAUCAGACACACUUUACUUGGACUAGUCAACAACUACAAUGGAGAGGGAAAGUUUUUGGACAAGUUUUUUUCUUUGGCAAAACAAGAGAAGCUAGACAUAGAUUAUGAUUAUUAUGAAAACAGCGAGUUAAAACCGGAUUUCUUCGAGAUGAAGUCCAGUUUACCGGCCGACCAGCACGAAAAGUUCGAUAUGGUGUUGGAUAUGGUCUCCGAAGAUCGCCAGAAAUUUUUAGAAUCCACAAGCAUCGAAUCUGCCAGGCUGAAAUGGGAGCACGAGUUCGAAAAAAUAAAGGACAAGAGUAUGCCAUCUUCUGUCGGAUCUUACCUUCAUGAUUGGCUCAAGAGUAUAGAGCCAUUGGUCGCAAAAGAGAUCGACGAAUAUUGGGUCGCAAGAAAAUUGGAGACUAAAGGUAAGCUCAAGAACGCUUCGGCUUUUGACCACGAAAGAUACACUCAGAAGCUGAAGUACGGUCCAUAUUUGUCGCUAAUAGAUCCAUCGAAGUCUUCAAUCACUACCAUCUUGGAAGUUCUAAAGACUUGCAUUUCCUCUGACCUCGCUCGUGGAGCCCCAGUCUCGAAAGUUGUCAUGUCCAUUGGACGCGCCUUAGAGCUUGAGUUCAAAGCAGAAAGAUUGUUGGCCGCCGACAUUGAUGUCCAUAAGAAUUUCAGAGCUAUCAGAAAGACCACCGAGUUCAAGAAAUAUCUGAGAGGAACAAGAGCUUCUAAACUGAUCGAAGAAGCCGAACUGAAAGCAGAAUCUGCUGCCGGCGAGUGCGUCAGUGCAACAAGCUGGGACUCCGAUAGUAGAUGCAGAGUUGGAUCCGUCAUGCUCUCGCUCUUGUUGCAGGUUGCGAAAGUCGACGUUGAGGGAACAGACCCAGUUUCUGGAGAGAAGAAAACAGCAUUAGCACCAGCAUUCUAUCACACGUACGAUUAUCAAAAUGGAAGCAAGAUCGGUGUUAUCAAACUGAACACUAAUUUUGCUUCGAAACUUGGAACUGAAAGGGUGGAUAACACGUUGCAACCUCAUUUUAUGCCAAUGAUUGCUAAACCACGUCCAUGGACCACCCAUGAUGAUGGAGGCUACUUCCUCAAGAGAUCUCCAGUUCUCAAGGCCAAGAAUUCUCCAGAGCAAGCAGCCUACGCAAAGACGGCAGCAUCACAUGGAAAGAUCGACAACGUUUUACAAGCUUUGAACAAUUUGGGUUUCACAGCGUGGACCGUCAAUAAGGAUGUUCUCAAAGUGAUGAUUGAAGCUUGGAAUACAGGAGAAGAAUUCUUGGAGAUUCCAAAGUUCCAAGAGACUUUGGAGCUUCCACCUCCUCCGUCUGGAGAUUGCACCCUUGAGGCAUUUUUCAAACACAAGAAAUUAUGCCAACAGCUUUGCAGAGAAUACUCCAAAAACCGGUCCAUGAGAUGCGACACUAACUAUAAGUUAGAGAUCGCCAGGGCAUACGUGGGUGAGCGUAUCUUUUUCCCUCAUUCGUUGGAUUUCAGAGGAAGAGCAUACCCUAUGCCACCAUACUUCAACCACUUAGGCAAUGAUCUUUCAAGAGGUUUGCUGAAGUUCUGGAAGGGCAAGGAGCUUGGAGAAGAAGGAUUAAGAUGGCUCAAGAUUCAUGUCUGUAACCUUCUUGGUUUUGACAAACUUCCUUUGGAUGAGAGAGUCAAGUAUGUUGAUGACAAUAUGGAGAAGAUUUUUGAUUCUGCUCGUGAUCCAUGGAACGGUUCUAGAUUGUGGGUUGAAGCAGAUAAACCAUGGCAAUUUUUGGCUUCGGCAAUAGAAUUGGAGAGGGCUUAUCAACUGGAAGAUCCAACGAAAUUCGUUUCGCAUCAGCCAGUCCAUCAGGACGGAACUUGCAAUGGUCUUCAACACUAUGCUGCGCUUGGUGGUGAUAUGGAGGGCGCUAAACAAGUUAACCUGGUGCCAGGUGAUAAGCCAUCUGACGUUUAUACCCAUGUUGCUCAUCUUGUUCAACGAUCUGUUGAUGAAGAUGUGCGUGAUGGUGUGAGUGACGCAGAAAUUGUCAAGGAUGUCAUUAGCAGAAAGCUCGUGAAACAAACAGUCAUGACCAGUGUCUACGGUGUUACUUAUGUCGGUGCUCGUGCUCAGAUCACCAAGAGAUUGAAGGAGAUUGAAAUGAACGAUCUCCAAAUCUUACCCGCAUCCAAGUAUCUCACUCAAAAGGUUUUCAAAGCCAUCAGAGAAUUGUUCGAUAAUGCUCAUGCCAUCCAAGACUGGUUGAUCAUCGCUGCAAAGAGGGUCAGCAAAUCUAUCCGGACAGACGUUGAGAUUAUGGAUGACACCGAUUACAUGUGUUCUGUUAUUUGGACCACUCCGUUGGGAUUACCUGUUGUUCAGCCAUACAGAGAGUAUAAGGGAAAACCAGUUGAAACUGCUUUGCAGACUAUUACAAUUGUUGAUCCAUACCAACCGAAACGGGUUGACGGACGCAAGCAAGCUAGCGGAUUCCCACCCAACUUCAUCCACUCAUUGGAUGCAACUCAUAUGAUCCUUUCUGCAAACAAGUGCUCUGAAGCUGGCCUUACAUUCUCUUCUGUGCACGACUCUUACUGGACUCAUGCCUCCGAUGUUUCUGUCAUGAACAAGGUGCUGAGAGAUCAAUUUGUUCAUUUGCACACCAACAAUUUGGUUGAGAAAUUGGAUGCAGAGCUCAGAAUGAGAUAUGGAGACACUCUAAUGGUUUAUGAAAUUGAUCAAGGAACUGAAAUGGGUCUAGCUUAUAAGCAUUUCCGCUACCUUUUGUCAAAAACCCUUAAAAGAUCUCCGACCUUGAUCGACGAAGCAAUGACAGAGAGACAAAGACAGAUUUUGCUCAAGUCCAAGGAUCCAGAAGAAGUCAAACAGGGAAAAGAGAUGGUCACACCCGUUACAAUUGCUGAAGAGCUACAAUUCAAGCCAAGUCCAAGAGAUGAAGUUAAUAAAGGAACUACAAUUUUAGUUCCAUUUGACUUGCCACCAGUCCCACCAAGAGGUGAUUUUGACGUGGGCAUGGUUAGAGAUAGUUUAUACUUUUUUUCUUGA